CAGCACGCGUUCAGAGUGUAUUCUCUCUCUGUCAGCGCUGUACUGCACGGACUGCUCUUGCACGAGUGCUUCAUCACUGAGCUUGACCGGCACAGAAACCCUCACCAGCUGCGCCUAAACACAGCCAUGCUCUUAGGAAGUUCCUGUCAUAGCAACACACUCCCUGCAUUGGUUCGGACUCCUUCUCUAAUGAUGCAGUCCGGUCUGGACAUGAAGCCCUUCAUGACCUUCCCCGUGGAGAGCUCCUCUCCGGUCGGCCUGUUCCCUAAUUUCAAUACGAUGGACCCUGUCCAGAAAGCAGUAAUCAACCACACAUUUGGAGUCUCCAUUCCUCCCAAGAAAAAGCAAGUUAUUUCUUGCAACAUCUGUCAGCUCCGCUUUAAUUCAGAUAGCCAAGCCGAGGCGCACUACAAAGGCACUAAACAUGCCAAGAAGCUCAAAGCACAGGAGUCCACGAAAAAUAAGCAGAAAAGUGCAGCCGCCCAGGACAGCGGCGCUAAGACAAUCACCACCACCGUCACUUCCUCCUGCACUGCAAUCACUGCCAGCUGCUCUGACCAACCAGAGAAAAGUGAAGAGCCACUGGCUGCGCACAAAGUCCCUGCCUCCCCGCAAGCCUUUGUGCCAGCUCCUGCUGCGCCUGCAGUGGCAUUAGUGCCCAACCCUUGCAAGACGGCACCCACGCAUGCCAGCCCACCCACUGAGCCGACAGGACAUGCAGCGGCCCUGAAGAACACCUCCAAACCAGCAGCGCUGCCAACAGCCCCAUCAGAGCCCAGCGCGGAGACCGAGGAGGAGAAAGCCAAGAAGCUCCUGUACUGUUCGCUGUGCAAAGUGGUUGUCAACUCCCUCUCACAGCUGGAGGCACACAACACAGGUUCAAAGCACAAAACAAUGCUGGAGGCACGAAAUGGAGCUGGACCCAUUAAAUCGUACCCCAGACCCGGGUCCAAACUCAAAGUUCAGGCCACACAACUUAACAAAGGCUCAGGCUUACAGAACAAGACGUUUCAUUGUGAAAUCUGUGAUGUCCACGUCAACUCAGAAAUCCAGCUUAAGCAGCAUAUCUCCAGUAGGCGGCACAAGGACAGAGUGGCAGGCAAACCCACCAAACCCAAAUACAGCCCUUACAACAAGCAGCAGCGGAGCUCCAGCUCUCUGGCAGCCAAACUCGCCCUGCAGAACGACUUGGUGAAGCCCCUUUCACCGGCUUUUCUCUCCACACCCUUCUGCCCCACCACAGUCCCGUCCAUCUCCCUCCACGCUCGUCCCAACACCUCCAUCUUUCAGACGGCCUCGCUUCCGCACUCCUUUCUCCGCGCCGCUCCGGGACCGAUCCGACCCACCACGGGCUCCAUCUUAUUUGCGCCUUACUGAGUGAGCGCCCACAUCGGAACGGUUGUUUCUCGAACUAUGCCAUGCUACGGCUGUAUGCCGAAGUGCAGAUCUUGAAACAGUGGUGUAUUUAUUAAAUCUGUAUCCUCAACUGUCCUCACUGUCACAAAACCCAGGAAGGAUGUCGUCUUUGUGAGGGCUUUUGCAUUUGAAAAAAUGUUGAACUGCUUCCUGAAAGACUUGAAUUAUCAUGGUCUUCCUUUUCAACUCAACCAACCAACCAACUCCAGACAAGCACAUGUAUUGAGGCGCUGUCGGAAACCAUCCCAGAUCUUACCGUAGGACAGUACGUGUUCAUUCAACGGCUUGAUGUUGUCAGGGAGCCUGUGAUGCAGUUUUUGACCUGUGUGCUGUCUUGUAUGGUGUAGUCAAUAAGCUCAGUCACCAGUACUUCGGUGAUGCCCACUCUUUCCAUUUUAACAGGAAACACAACAUUUCUCUUCACACGUGUUCAGGUUCCUCUUUUCGUCAUAUAAGUAGAUUCAACCUGUUUUCAUCAUGAAACAAACUGUGUAAUAGGAAAACCGUGGGCCUUUCAUCUCUCGGUGAUAUCCUUAUUUGUCACGAGACUGUAAUCAUCUGCAGCUCUCUGAUAAUGCAAUAAUGUAUAGAUCAUUGAAUAUUGAUAUUCUCCAUAGUGUAUUUAAUGUUUACCUGCCAGGUUGCAAUACUAGUUGUAUUUUAUGAGCUGAAGGAGGCACUAAGAGAGCUAGGUACAAUAUUUGGUACAUUAUUUUUAGAAAUCAAGAGAGAACAAUUUCCAUUGACUGAGAAUUCUUUAUUUGGCUGUGGAAUUUCAUCGUCCAUUGUAUAAAUGUAUUUAUGUAUGAGAGUCUGUACAUAAAGAUACUACAUUUUGAAUA